AGGGGGCGGGGCUUGUAGUGCGGAAAGUGACGCUGCAGGAGGCUGGAGAUUGCUAGUCAUUUUCAUCACCAGCAUAGCAACAAAAAAAAAAAAAGAAAGAAAAAAAGAAAAAAUGGAUAAAAACAGUACAACGUUCCCCGUCCAGCUUUAUAUUUACGACUUGUCAAAGGGAAUGGCGCGCCAGCUCAGCCCGAUAAUGCUCGGGAAGCAGCUUGAUGGAAUUUGGCACACGUCCAUCGUGGUGUACGGAGAGGAGUUCUUCUUCGGUGGUGUCGGGAUCUCCAGCUGCCCUCCGGGUGGGACGAUGCUCGGGCCGCCCGAUACGGUGGCGGAGCUGGGCAACACGGAGGUGAACGAGGAGAUCUUUAUGGACUACCUGUCAUCGCUCGGAGAAACCACGUACAGAGGGGAGAGAUACAGGUUGUUUGAGCACAACUGUAACACCUUCACUAACGAAGUGGCUCAGUUUCUAACAGGCCGGAAGAUUCCUGCUUACAUCACGGACCUGCCGUCUGAAGUGCUCUCCACGCCGUUUGGUCAGGUCCUGAGGCCGAUCCUGGACUCCAUCCACAUUGCGCCCCCUGGUGGAAGUGUUAUCAACAGCCAGAAUAAUCACAGCUAGGUCUCCUUUCACCAGCGCCGCACUCACACACUCACACACACUCACACACUCACACUCACACACUCACACACUCACACUGGCAGCUUGUGUUUGUGUUUAAACAGUCAUGUUGGGUUGAGACUCGGGGAUCGGGUGUGUGCUGUCGUUUGUUUCCUGCUCCUGCUGUACAGACACACGCCUCUGAUCCUCGGCUCUGAUCCUCACGCCGCAGUCCUGAAGCCACAGUCAGGGAUCUCAUUACUCCAUCUCCGUAUACGCCCAGCUGCCGCUCCAUCAGGUCCACCUCCACUCGCUGUACUCCACUGAGUAUUGCACCCCGUCUGCCCCGUCCAUGAAGGAGGGGAAGGGGGGAGACAGUCGCUGAGCAGACACGAGCCGCGCGCCCGGUCUUGAUCUGCCGCUCGUCCACAUCAUACAGACGUCUCUGUCUCCCCGGCGGCGUUUUAACUGGAGAAAGAAACCACGUUCAGUUUCAUCAUUCACCAUUAUACGAACCAUUUCUUAACUAUGGGAUGAAUCAACUGAAUCAAUUGAAUCACUUAACAUUUGUUAAGUAUGGAAUGAAUCACUUGAAUCAACUGAAUCAUUUACAUUUGUUAACUAUGGGAUGAAUCAGUUGAAUAAGUUGAAUCAAUUGAAUCACUUACAUUUGUUAACUAUGGGAUGAAUCACUUGAAUCAAUUGAAUCACUUACAUUUGUUAACUAUGGGAUGAAUCACUUGAAUCAUUUAAAUCACUUGAAUCAACUGAAUCACUUACAUUUGUUAGGUGUGAGAUGAAUCAGUUGAAUCAUUCAAAUCAGUCAAAUCACUUACAUUUGUUAGCUACAAGUUUAAUCAGUUGAAGUCGGACAAAUUAAUCAAAUCACUCACCUUUUUUGUUAUUUAUGAGAUGAAUCACUCGAAUCAGUCAAACCGUUUACCUUUGUAAAUGAUUCCGGCCAUGUUGGUGAAUGGAAUUAUGGGAUUGUCUACAUUGUAAAGGACGCACGGGACGCUGGGUCCAAAUUCUGCAGCUGAUUUCCUGCCUUCUGAUUGGAGCACAGUGAUGAUUCAGGUGGUGUUCAUUCUCAGCACAGCAGUGCCACUGAUGUGGACGUGUGUGUGUGUGUGUGUGUGUGUGUGUGUGUAGUACAGUUACGAGUGUUAUACAGAUGAACAGAGCAGCUGCAAGAACCAUGUAUUUAAUAAUAUGGGAACAGUGUGUGUGUGUGUGUGUGUGUGUGUGUGUGUGUGAAAAUGAAUCCUUGAUUGUGGCACUUACAAUUCAGUCAUGCUCCUUUUUAAAAAAAAAAAAAAAAAUUCAGAGUGUGUUAAAAU